ACGAAGCCAAAGACACCUCAGGUGCCCUAUGCGAUAUUGGGAGGGAUGGGAAUUUGAAAGCAAUUUGCUCCAGCCUCCCCUCUGUUUUCACUCUAAUUCUACAGCCUGCACUAGGAGGAUUGAAACUGGCGGCUUGAGUGUUAACUCACCCAUGUAAAGCGACCACCGGAGCUCACCGCUGCAAUAACUAAGCCUGUCUUGGCAGUAAGAGGAUUGGUUGACUGUAAAAACAUCUGCCUGACGCUUGGUUGCAGAGCGUAAACGGGUGUUGAGGAAGCGUCUCUCUAUCACGGACGAGCAUGUGAGCAAGUAGCCUACAGCUUUUGAUAGUAUCGUUUAAUGGCACUUUACGCUAUUGAAUUGGGAUGAUACUAAUUCAUCUCCUAGUAGGUGUCCAUUAGCCUAUCAAAUUUAGUCACUGCGCGCAAGUGGUUGGUUUCUGUUAUGCUCAAUGGAGAGCAAACGGAUUCUUCACUCUGUCGGUAAAAGCAGUCACGGUAUGGCUUUUUUUCUUAUUCAUCUGCUUCUGCAAAUGGGAUUCGUUUUCGGAUCUAAUUAUGGGUAUGUGGAAUGGUCGGAUAACGACAAAGACGCUGAAAUACGAUCGAAGAACCCCACUAUGUACAGCACUCAAAAUAUCAACAAGGAAUCGAUGCACCAUCCAACUUCUUACCCAGGACCCUUCACGGAGCGCACCAUUGUGGCGCACAAAAUCGAAGAGGACCUGCCUAGGGUGGUAACAGCUUUCCUGCACACGGGAGACUCGUCGGCUCUUGAACAAGUCAACUGUUCUCGGAGGUAUGAGUUGAGUAGCCUCCGCGGUGGAACCAAUGUGGCCUCACACUAUUUUCUCCAUAGCGUGCUGGACACCAUGGCGCACGCAACCAACUUUCUGAACAUGAUUUUACAAGCCAACAGGUCAAGAGAGCACAGCCUUCGGAGGGAUAUUAACUGGUACCACGCACUGGUUCGGAGUAUUCUCGAGGGGGACCCCAAAAUUCACAGGGCAGUGGUUACAUUCCAUUCUGAUGCUCCGACGCGGGGUCCCCAUGUUUUCCUUCAAGCGACAAGAACUGAAGGGGAAGUGGUUCUCCAGGACCUUUCCAACUCCGCUCACCACCAUCUCAAGAGCAGGAGCCCGGAUUCUGAGUGGUUUAACGAGUUCAGGGACCGAAAAAAACCGUACAUGCAGAGAAGGGCGUCGAGCCGAGACCCAGUAGCCACUCAAAAUGGCUACAUUCUCGACAAAAGUCAAAUCAAGUGGUCUGCGCCUUACCUGGAAUGCGAGCAUGGGAAUUUCGUACCACACUGGCUACUCACCUUGUCUGCGGGGUUCUAUGGUCUGAAGACAAAUUCCGCGCCCGAGUUCAGGGGUGUGGUUCGAGUGGACAUCAACCUCCAGGAUGUGGACAUUGACCAGUGCUCCAGCAGUGGCUGGUUUGCUGGAACUCACCGCUGUAAUCUGACCAGCAUGGAUUGCAAUCCCAUUGUCGGACAUGGAUUCGUGCUAGACAACUACAAGUGCCAAUGCCGGAGAGGCUUCUACCAUCCUAGCAGAGUGGCACUCAACGGCUUUACAAAGAGCGGUGGUCACGCUCACGGUGAGGACCCCUCGGAGGGGUCCAGUAGGUGUCUGCCAUGCCAUGAGGGCUGCCCCUACUGCCGGGAUGACACGCCCUGCUUGGCUCAGGAGGACGGAGCCCUUCGGCUUUCCGUAGCCUCCUUCCAGGGCCUCUGUAUGCUGCUGGACUUAGUGGCCAUGGUGCUGGUCUACCACUUCCGCAGGAACAAGAGGAUCCGAGCGUCUGGUCUCGUCCUCCUGGAGGCCAUCUUGUUUGGAGCCUUGCUUCUCUACUUUCCCGUGAUGAUACUGUACUUCAGCCCCAGCGUGUUGCGCUGUAUCCUCCUGAGAUGGGUGCGUCUCCUGGGCUUUGCCACGGCCUACGGAACAGUGAUACUGAAGCUUUACAGGGUGCUGAAGGUGUUCCUGUCCCGUACGGCACAGCGGACGCCCUACAUCACCAGCUGGCGGGUGCUGCGUCUGCUGGGGGUCAUCCUGCUGGUGGUGCUGUGGUUUCUGGUGGCCUGGACCUCGGCCGUGUGUCAGACACCUGACCGGACGUCGGCCCUCAUCGAUGUGGGCCUCACCCCCGACGGGCUGCAGUUCAGCAUGUGCCUGCUGGACCGCUGGGAUUACAUGAUGGCAGUUGCCGAGUUCCUGUUUCUUCUGUGGGGAGUGUACCUGUGCUAUGCUGUCCGGACCGUACCGUCAGCCUUCCAUGAACCACGCUACAUGACUGUUGCCAUAUACAAUGAACUCCUCAUAUCGGCAGUAUUCCACACCAUUAGGUUCACUCUGGCUCCUCAGUGGCACCCUGACUGGAUGCUCAUGUUGGUCUUCACUCACACACAGCUCACCGUGACUGUGUCUUUGGGGCUGCUGUUUGUACCAAAGUGUCUGUCCACAGUGACCCAGGCGAGUGAUGACAUUGCCACUGAAACCUAUGAAGAGGAGCUGGACAUGGGCCGGUCCGGGUCCUACCUCAACAGCAGCAUCACCUCAGCCUGGAGCGAACACAGCCUGGACCCCGAAGACAUACGGGACGAGCUCAAGAAGCUUUACGCCCAACUGGAAGUCUACAAGCGCAAGAAGAUGCUGGCCAACAACCCACACCUGCAGAAGAAGCGCAGCUCCAAGAAGGGCCUGGGCCGCUCUCUCAUGAGGCGCCUCACUGAGAUCCCGGAGACCUUGCACCGACAUGGCAGCUAUGGCAGCCGUGAGGAACGUGACGGUAGCGAGCACGGGAGCAACCGCAGCACCCUUCGACGGAAUCCCUUCGACUCGUCCCAUUCAGGUCACAAGUCCAGGGAAGACUCUUUGAAGAACAAAGUUCUGGGCCUGAAUAAGUCACACAGCUACGACCACGUUUGUGACCAAGCUAAGGAAACUACCGGCGGAGAAGGCUUGGGUGGGGACAAAAUGGCCACCGGCGAUGGUUCCUUGCUGGGAUCUCUCAUUAGGAGGCAGGUUAAGAAGUCACCGGAGCCUGCCCCAAAGGUGGAACCGGCCGAGUCAGUGCCCUUGGUCUGCAAGUCGGCCAGCGCGCACAACUUCACAGCGGACAAAAAGCCCAUUCAGCUGAGGACGUCCAUCAUGCAGAAGUCACUGAGUGUCAUCACCAGUGCCAAAGAGAAGAUGCCCGGGCUCACCAGCAAGACCCAUAGCGCAGAGGAUGCCAGCAAGAAGGGACUCAAGGGUCGCGAUGGGAGGAUGCUGUCUGAGGUGGACGAGAUGGAGUGUUAUCCUAAGAUGAUCAUCAGCCAGUCGGUAGAGUACUCCAGGACACCCAUGGCCAAGAUGGGCAUCAUGAAGCAGCAGGUGAGUGGCAGCCAGCCGUCCAUCAAUACAGAGCCGGGGAGAAACCUGUAUGACCUCUCCGAGGUGUGCUCUUGGGAUGUGGAGGACCCCCCAACCCCGUCGGAUGGAAGGUCCCAGAAGCAUGUGUCCAUUGCUCCGGGAGAGACUACCACGGUCCACAGGGGUGAUGGUGGUGGUGGCACGGGUACCACCAAGGGCAGUCGCUCCCAACAGAAGCAGCAGAGAACCGCAGGGCAAUCGCCUGCAGGCCGACAGCGCUCCAAAGACAAGGGGUGUGAACGAGACGAGGCCAAAGAAACAAGGAAGCCCAGGUCUCCCAGAUCUCCACUCCUGCUCAAACCGGAGGUGUGCCCCUGGGCCUUUGAGGUGCAGCCAAUGUUGGGAGGCGAUUCAGACUCCAUCUCUCCAGAGAGGAUCAGACGUAAGAGGAGCGUCACACCAACUGAUGGGAAGCCCAAGAUCCUCCACUCAGACUACUCCAAAUCCACAGGGAGUCUGCUGCAGCCGCCCACCCUGAUGUUGGACAUCUGUCCCUGGGACUACAAUGAAGCCCCAGCCUCGCCUUCCCCCAGCCAGGAGAAGACCUGCUCCAGUCCCACGGCUCACUCCAAGCGGAAACGAAAAGGUUCGUGCUCCUCCAAAGAAAGGGGAGAGAGGGGUGAGAGAGAGAAAGGAGGGAGGGACAAGGAGGAGGAGAAGCAGCACAGGUCAAAGAACAAGGAGAGCUCCUCCAGCAGGCCCUCGGAAAGACCACGUGUCAGCCAAUCAUCAGAGGGUGUUCCGGUCACCGUGCCAACAUCUGGGAGACGGAGGAGCUCAACGAGAAACCCGGAGGCGUCGGAGAACAAGAGGGUAGAGGUGUGCCCGUGGGAGGUAGAAGACGCGCAUGCCAGCGUAGCACAGACAAAGCCUUCUCCAGCGAAAGAGAACUCUUUGAGUUCUCAUAACAAACAACCCGUUAGCACUGCUAAAAGGGUUGACGUUUGCCCCUGGGAUUUUGAAGACAAUGGGUCAGAGAAAAGUGCAUGAUAAUCAAAAUGAUAGACAAUGUGUUUUGUAUUCACGACACAAAUGCCUUGCAAACUGGGUUUUAAAGAUAAGGGUGGGAAAAACAGUUGUACUGUGGUUAUGACUAAAUCAUUUUGUGAAGUAAAACAUGCAAUACGGUCUGUUAGAGCAUUCCCAACAAAAGUAUUUGUUCGAAUACAAAGUCCUGUUGUUAGUUGUGCAGCUUAAAGUCACUAUCCGCAAUGUAGAGAAAUGUUUAGUCAGCACUAUUUGCUUGUACAUUUGCUCAGUUUGCAGUUUUGAGCCAUUUGUCACACUCUUUAAUACAUGAAACACGUCCUUACUACCUGUGAGGGAAUUUACACUGAAUGAAUUACAGACAACAAUCUGAUUUUAGACAGGUUUGUACAAGAACGUGGGACUGAUUUAACCAGUCCAUUUUUGUAAACAACUAAUUGAUGAUGUUGCCACAUGUUCCAUUAUACUGGACUGGAGUUCUCUUUUGUCUGUUUCCUGCACCUGGGUCAUUCCAAUAUUCUAGACUGGAGUUCUCUUUUGUCUGUUUCCUGCACCUGGGUCAUUCCAAUAUUCUAGACUGGAGUUCUCUUUUGUCUGUUUCCUGCACCUGGGUCAUUCCAAUAUUCUAGACUGGAGUUCUCUUUUGUCUGUUUCCUGCACCUGGGUCAUUCCAAUAUUCUAGACUGGAGUUCUCUUUUGUCUGUUUCCUGCACCUGGGUCAUUCUUGUCAAGUAGUGGGCCAAGUAUGAAUUCAGAGUGUUGGUCAUCGGGAAGUGUAUAAUAUAACUUCCAUAUGAAGCACAGUGCACAGAUAAGUAUACUGUUAAUUCUGGGGCCUUAUAGAUUAUACAAUUUGAAGUGUUGAGUAGGAGAAAUAGCUACAUUGGUGCACCAUACAUAGUUACCACUUGCGUAGCAACACGAGGAUGCAUCCCCUUAAGGAAGUGUAUCUAUUUGGUCUCCUUCCAGUCAAACAUGCGUUGUGUUCGUACAAAAAAACAAACUAAAGUUUAUCUUUGAUGCAUACAUUUUGUAAAACUGCUAUAGAAUGUGACAGAGCACUUCCAGAAAUUGCUUUGUUGUCAAUUCAUCAAUUUACAUCCAAAAUGCUACAGCAUUUGGUAAUGGACAUUUUUUGCAACAGAAACAAACAUUUCUUAUUGGACAAGUUCAACUUAGUCCAUCCCCUGUUUCAGUCUGUUUUUCUCCAAUUGGCUUCCUAGUGAGUAAAACCCAGCUAAUCCGUAACACAGUUCUUCUCAGUGGUGGAAAAAGUACCCAAUUGUCAUAAUUGAGUAAAUGUAAAGAUACCUUAUUGGAAAAUGACUCGUGUAAAAGUGAAAGUCACCCAGUAAAACACUACUUGAGUAAAAGUCUAAAAGUAUUUGGUUUUAAAUAUACUUAAGUAUCAAAAGUAAAAAAUAUAAAUAAUUUCAAAUUGCUUAUAUUAAGCAAGCCAAACGACACAAUAUCUUGUUUUUAUUUAUUUACGGAUAGCCAGGAGAACACUCCGACACUCAGACAUAAUUUACAAAUGAAACAUUUAUGUUUAGUGAGUCCACCAGAUCAGAGGAAGUAGGGAUGACCAGGGAGAUUUUCUUGAUAAGUGUGUGAUUGGACCAUUUUCCUGUUCCUGCUAAGUAUUCAAAUGUAACAAGUAUUUGUGGGGUUUCUGGAUAAAUGUAUGGAGUAAAAAAAGUAAAUUAUUGUCUUUAGGAAUAUAGUGAAGUAAAAGUACAAAUUGUCAAAAACAUAAAUAGUAAAGUAUAGAUAUCCCCCCAAAAAAUGACUUAAGUAGUACUUUAUGAAGUAUUUGUACUUUAAGUACUUCACACCACUGAUUCCGCUGUAUCCAUUAAUGCUACAGUGACUUCUGCAUGACAGUAAACAUAUUGGCCCAACGUCUCACUGCUCUUAGCAAACUCUGCUCCGUUAUAACCUGUUUGUUGAGUGAACUUGUACCACCGUCGUCUUAUCACUAUAAUGCUUGGUAACACUGCUGUUGCAUCCCACAUAGGAAUAUUUAUAUUGUACAUUUAUAUUGUGUUCUGUUGUAAUCGCAUGUACAUAACUCCCCCCCUUAAACCUGCAAUAAAUAUUUAUAAUAAAA